CGUUGGUCAAAGGAACGGACGCCGGACCGCGUCUGAACCCUGAAAGCGAGCGAAACGGCGGUCGGGCACAGGCAGGCGCAGGGGAGGCCGCGUUAUCCAGCCGGGCCUGUAUAUAAAGGCGGCGCACCGCGCCAGCGACGGACGCGGAGGCCAACGCGCACGCAGAGGGGAUCCGCAAGGAAGCGAAACGAAACACAGGCAAAAGCGACCGAAAAGGGCGCAACGCAAGCGGUCAGCAGCGUUUCCUCUUGCGUUCGGGCGAGGGCGAGGCUUGCCGAGCGAGCGAGCGACAUGCUUGGGGACCGCGAGGAGGGCGACGAGGAGCUGUUCGAGACGGCAUCGUCCGUCUCCAGCGCCGACGCCGACUCCGACGACGAGGGCGACCGCUUCCCUAGCGCCGGCGCGGCGGGGGGCGAGGGUCCGUGCGACCAGCAGGACCGCCGCCGCCGCGCGCCCGUGCCGCAGCCGCAGCCGCAGCCGCUGCGGAGGAUGAACUCGGACAGCAUCUACGACAUGGCGUCCAUGGUGUCGCAGCUCCCAGCCAAGAAAGGGCUGUCGCGGCACUACGAGGGCAAGGCCCAGUCGUUCGCGUGCAUGUCGGAGGUGCGCUGCCUGGACGACCUGCGCAAGAAGGACAGCCCCUACAAGCAGAAGGUCAAGUCGUCGUGCAAGGGCUACGUCGCGCUGGGAGGGAUGAUGAUGGCCAACAAGCCCCCUUCCUCCGGAUCCUGCGCCGGCCUGGGCCUCGCCGCCGCCAACGGGUUCAGGACGUCCCCGAUUCAGGACGGGUACCAGUACCACCAGUAGGCAGGGCAGGAUGGCGGCUUGGCCAGAGAGCACUGCAACUGCAACUGCAACUGGAGCAAGGCGUUUUUGUUCCUCCCGAGGGUCACUGAACUGUUUUUUUUCUCUUUCUUUCUUUCCUUCCUUCUUCCCGUUCUAGACUGCUUGUUCUGCCGGGAUUUAUUUCCUUCACGGACGCAUUAGUCUGUGAGAAUUUUAUGAGGUGGUGUGAUUUGUUACUUGUUCUGCUAGAGGAACUUACCGUUCACCGUUCUGC